ACUCCAAAAAUCCUAAUUGAGUAGAGCCGAGGCAACCGUCAGAGCCUCCUUCUUCUAGCAAGUACCAAUAGCAACCAUGGCCACCACCAAUCAAGCUCCUACGAGGGUGAGUUCAAAGACUGUCGAAACAGCUGUGAAUGCUCUCUUAAAGUGGAAAAACUCCAAAUCCCAAACACAGAAGCCCCAACUUCUUGAGCAAGACGAUUUAAUCUACCUUAUUCUAACUCUCAAGAAAAUCCCACAAAAUUCUCGCACCAACCCUCACAAAGUCCCGCUCCCCCACCCCUUAAUCCGUCAAGAAGGCGACAACUCGUCGGAACUCUGCCUAAUAAUCGAUGAUCGUCCUAAGUCUAACCUCACUAAAGACGCUGCAUUGAAGAAAAUUAAAAACGACAACGUACCUAUCUCUAAAGUCAUCAAGAUUACCAAAUUAAAGACUGAUUAUCGCCCGUUUGAGGCCAAGAGGAAGCUAUGUGAUUCGUAUGAUAUGUUUUUUGCUGAUAAAAGAGUGGUCCCACUCUUGCCUAAGUUGUUGGGGAAGCAUUUUUUCAAGAAGAAGAAGAUUCCGGUUCCGGUGGAUUUGAAGCAUAAGAACUGGAAGGAGCAGGUUGAGAAAGUUUGCGGGUCGGCUUUGUUGUAUUUGAGGACGGGGACUUGUAGUGUUUUGAAGGUAGGGAAGGCUUCGAUGGGCACGGAGGAGAUUGUGGAGAAUGUGAUGGCUGCAAUUAACGGAAUUGCCGAGAUUGUUCCCAGGAAGUGGGGGAAUGUUAGAUCCUUUCAUUUGAAAAUGUUGGAGAGUUUGGCUUUGCCGGUUUAUCAGGCUGUCCCAGAUAUGAAGUUAAAGAUUGAGGGAAUUAAGGAUAUAGAAGAGGAAAUUGUUGAUAAGGAGGUGGAGAAAGGGAAUGUUAAGACUGUUAGUGAUGAUGGUAAUAAAAAGAAGUCGAAGAAGAAAGGGAGGAUUCAUGAGAUUAGGUAUAUGGAUAGUAAUAUUGGGGAGGUUUUUGAUGAGGAUGAGUUGGGUAGUGAUGAUGGUAAAGGAGAUAUUGGGGAAAGUGAUGAUGGUGAAGGAGAUGAUAGUGAUCAUGGUAAAAUCGGUAGUGUGAGUAAGAAGAGGAAGAAGGGGGAUAAAGGGAAAUCUGAGAAACUACAAAAGAAAGUCGCCAAGGUGAAGAAACAUGAUGAUAUUAAGAAGAUGAAAAGGGUGGACGAUGUCAAGCAAAAGAAGAAAAACAAAGAAGAGUUGUCUUUGAAGAAAGGCGGGGAAGAUUAUAGCGGAAAAAAGGAGAAGAAUAGCGGGCUUGGGAAGUUGAAGAAUGCAGAAAUGAAGGUGAAGGAAAGGAAAGCGAAGAAAAAGGCGGUAGCAUAGUGAUUCAUGGUAGCUGAUUGAAGCUCGUGGGAGAGGAUUCCUUGAAUCAUUCACUGCAGGUUGGACUAACAGAGCAAGAAUGGUUGCCUAGCCUUCUGUCAGAUUUUGUUUGAAUUUAUGAAACGGUAUUUAUGUUAUGAUCCUUUUCAUUAGUUGAUGAAUAUUGAAGAACUUGAAUUAGGCAACUGCAAAAUUUUGUAUCUUCAUUAUAGAGAGCUGAUGAA